CAUUGGGCAAUUUUUGAAAUCCUGAAGUAGGAAGAGACCCCGGAGGAUAUAAGUCGGGGGUGGGGGUAGAACAGAUAAUCUGUAAAAGAUAUUCAAAGGGAGAAAAGGGGAAUCCUGAUCGUUUCUGCCCGUGCUUGCUUUCAACUUGAGCGUGCUAGCUUUUAACUUGAAGAAGUCUCAUUGGAGCAUCUAGCAUUCUCCAGGAGUUAUUCAAAAGCUGAAACUUUCGGUGGAUUGUGGGCCUGGGGAGAAGGAUUCCGAGGGUGGAAUUGGGAAGAGCGUGUGUGUGUGUGUGUGUGUGUGUGUGCACGCGCGCGCGCGCGUGUAGGUCGGGGCGGGGGCGUCGGGGGGCCACUGGGAAUUCGGUGAAGAGGGCACCCCAUACCAUGGCAGUGCCCGGCGACGCUGCACGAGUCAGGGACAAGCCCGUCCACAGUGGGGUGAGUCAAGCCCCCACGGCGGGCCGGGACUGCCACCAUCGUGCGGAGCCCGCAUCGCCGCGGGACUCGGGCUGCCGUGGCUGCUUGGGAGACCUAGUGCUGCAGCCGCUCCGGCGCUCUCGGAAACUUUCCUCCGCGCUGUGCGCGGGCUCCCUGUCCUUUCUGCUGGCGCUGCUGGUGAGGCUGGUUCGCGGGGAGGUCGGCUGUGACCUGGAGCAGUGUAAGGAGGCGGCUGCGGAGGAGGAGGAGGAAGCAGCCCCGGGAGCAGAAGGGGGCGUCUUCCCGGGGCCUCGGGGAGGUGCUCCCGGGGGCGGCGCGCGGCUCAGCCCCUGGCUGCAGCCCUCGGCGCUGCUCUUCAGUCUCCUGUGUGCCUUCUUCUGGAUGGGCUUGUACCUCCUGCGCGCCGGGGUGCGCCUGCCUCUGGCUGUCGCGCUGCUGGCCGCCUGCUGUGGGGGGGAAGCGCUCGUCCAGAUUGGGCUGGGCGUCGGGGAGGAUCACUUACUCUCGCUCCCAGCCGCGGGGGUGGUGCUCAGCUGCUUGGCCGCCGCGACAUGGCUGGUGCUGAGGCUGAGGCUGGGCGUCCUCAUGAUCGCCUUGACUAGCGCGGUCAGGACCGUGUCCCUCAUUUCCUUAGAGAGGUUCAAGGUCGCCUGGAGACCUUACCUGGCGUACUUGGCCGGCGUGCUGGGGAUCCUCUUGGCCAGGUACGUGGAACAAAUCUUGCCGCAGUCCGCGGAGGCGGCUCCAAGGGAGCAUUUGGGGUCCCAGCUGAUUGCUGGGACCAAGGAAGAUAUCCCGGUGUUUAAGAGGAGGAGGCGGUCCAGCUCUGUCGUGUCCGCCGAGAUGUCCGGCUGCAGCAGCAAGUCCCAUCGGAGGACCUCCCUGCCCUGUAUACCGAGGGAACAGCUCAUGGGGCAUUCAGAAUGGGACCACAAACGAGGGUCAAGAGGAUCUCAGUCUUCAGGAACCAGUAUUACUGUGGACAUCGCCGUCAUGGGCGAGGCCCACGGCCUCAUUACCGACCUCCUGGCAGACCCUUCUCUUCCACCAAACGUGUGCACAUCCUUGAGAGCCGUGAGCAACUUGCUCAGCACACAGCUCACCUUCCAGGCCAUUCACAAGCCCAGAGUGAAUCCCGUCACUUCGCUCAGUGAAAACUAUACCUGUUCGGACUCUGAAGAGAGCUCUGAAAAAGACAAGCUUGCUAUUCCAAAGCGCCUGAGAAGGAGUUUGCCCCCUGGCUUGUUGAGACGAGUUUCUUCCACUUGGACCACCACCACCUCGGCCACAGGUCUACCUACCUUGGAGCCUGCACCAGUACGGAGAGACCGCAGCACCAGCAUCAAACUGCAGGAAGCACCUUCAUCCAGUCCUGAUUCUUGGAAUAAUCCAGUGAUGAUGACCCUCACCAAAAGCAGAUCCUUUACUUCAUCCUAUGCUAUUUCUGCAGCUAACCAUGUAAAGGCUAAAAAGCAAAGUCGACCAGGUGCCCUCGCUAAAAUUUCACCUCUUUCAUCACCCUGCUCCUCACCUCUCCAAGGGACUCCUGCCAGCAGCCUGGUCAGCAAAAUUUCUGCAGUGCAGUUUCCAGAAUCUGCCGACACAACUGUCAAACAAAGUCUAGGUUCUCACAGGGCCUUAACUUACACUCAGAGUGCCCCUGACCUAUCCCCUCAAAUCCUGACUCCACCUGUUAUAUGUAGCAGCUGUGGCAGACCAUAUUCCCAAGGGAAUCCUGCUGACGAGCCCCUGGAGAGAAGUGGGGUAGCCACUCGGACACCAAGUAGAACAGAUGACACUGCUCAAGUUACCUCUGAUUAUGAAACCAAUAACAACAGUGACAGCAGUGACAUUGUACAGAAUGAAGAUGAAACAGAGUGCCUGAGAGAGCCUCUGAGGAAAGCAUCGGCUUGCAGCACCUAUGCUCCUGAGACCAUGAUGUUUCUGGACAAACCAAUUCUUGCUCCCGAACCUCUUGUCAUGGAUAACCUGGACUCAAUUAUGGAGCAGCUAAAUACUUGGAAUUUUCCGAUUUUCGAUUUAGUGGAAAAUAUAGGAAGAAAAUGUGGCCGUAUUCUUAGUCAGGUAUCUUACAGACUUUUUGAAGACAUGGGCCUCUUUGAAGCUUUUAAAAUUCCAAUUAGGGAAUUUAUGAAUUAUUUUCAUGCUUUGGAGAUUGGAUACAGGGAUAUUCCUUAUCAUAACAGAAUCCACGCCACUGAUGUUUUACAUGCUGUUUGGUAUCUUACUACACAGCCUAUUCCAGGCCUUUCAACUGUGAUUAGUGAUCAUGGUUCAACCAGUGAUUCAGAUUCUGACAGUGGAUUUACACAUGGACAUAUGGGAUAUGUAUUCUCAAAGACGUAUAAUGUGACAGAUGAUAAAUACGGAUGUCUGUCUGGGAAUAUCCCUGCCUUAGAGUUGAUGGCGCUGUAUGUGGCUGCAGCCAUGCACGAUUAUGAUCACCCAGGAAGGACUAAUGCUUUCCUGGUUGCAACUAGUGCUCCUCAGGCGGUGCUAUAUAACGAUCGUUCAGUUUUGGAGAAUCAUCACGCAGCUGCUGCAUGGAAUCUUUUCAUGUCCCGGCCAGAGUAUAACUUCUUAGUUAACCUUGACCAUGUGGAAUUUAAGCAUUUCCGUUUCCUUGUCAUUGAAGCAAUUUUGGCCACUGACCUGAAGAAACACUUUGACUUCGUAGCCAAAUUUAAUGGCAAGGUAAAUGAUGAUGUUGGAAUAGAUUGGACCAAUGAAAAUGAUCGUCUACUGGUUUGUCAAAUGUGUAUAAAGUUGGCUGAUAUCAAUGGUCCAGCUAAAUGUAAAGAACUCCAUCUUCAGUGGACAGAUGGUAUUGUCAAUGAAUUUUAUGAACAGGGCGAUGAAGAGGCCAGCCUUGGGUUACCCAUAAGCCCCUUCAUGGAUCGUUCUGCUCCUCAGUUGGCCAACCUUCAGGAAUCCUUCAUCUCUCACAUUGUGGGGCCUCUGUGCAACUCCUAUGAUUCAGCAGGACUAAUGCCAGGAAAAUGGGUGGAAGACAGCGAUGAGUCAGGAGAUACCGAUGACCCAGAAGAAGAGGAGGAAGAAGCAGCAGCACCAAAUGAAGAGGAAACCUGUGAAAAUAAUGAAUCUCCAAAAAAGAAGACUUUCAAAAGGAGAAAAAUCUACUGCCAAAUAACUCAGCACCUCUUACAGAACCACAAGAUGUGGAAGAAAGUCAUUGAAGAGGAGCAACGGUUGGCAGGUGUUGAAAAUCAAUCCCUGGACCCGACCCCUCAAUCGCACUCUUCAGAACAGAUCCAGGCUAUCAAGGAAGAAGAAGAAGAGAAAGGGAAACCAAGAGGGGAGGAGAUACCAACCCCAAAGCCAGACCAGUGACAAUGGAUAGAAUGGGCUGUGUUUCCAAACAGAUUGACUUGUCAAAGACUCUCUUCAAGCCAGCACAACAUUUAGACACAACACUGUAGAAAUUUGAGAAGAUGGGCAAAUGGCUAUUGCAUUUUGGGAUUCUUCGCAUUUUGUGUGUAUAUUUUUACAGUGAGGUACAUGUUAAAAACUCUUUGCUCAAAGAAGCUUUCACAUUGCAACACCAGCUUCUAAGGAUUUUUUAAGGAGGGAAUAUAUAUGUGUGUGUGUAUAUAAGCUCCCACAUAGAUACAUGUAAAGCAUAUUCACACCCAUGCACGCACACACAUACACACUGAAGGCCAGGAUUGCUGGCUCCACAAUUUAGUAACAUUUAUAUUAAGAUAUAUAGUAGUCACUGUGAUAUAAUAAAUCAUAAAGGAAACCAAAUCACAAAGGAGAUGGUGUGGCUUAGCAAGGAAACAGUGCAGGAAAUGUAGGUUACCAACUAAGCAGCUUUUGCUCUUAGUACUGAGGGAUGAAAGUUCCAGAGCAUUAUUUGAAUUCUGAUACAUCCUGCCAACACUGUGUGUGUGUGUGUGUGUGUGUGUGUGUGUGUGUGUGUGUGAAAGAGAGACAGAAGGGAACGGUUUGAAAGGGUGCUUGUGUGCAUGUGUGUGCAUAUGUAAAGAGAUUUUUGUGGUUUCAGUAACUCAGAAUAGCUGUAGCAAAUGACUGAGUACAUGUGAACAAACAGAAGGAAGUUCACUGUGGAGUGUCUUUGGGAGGCAGCCAUUCCAAAUGCCCUCCUCCAUUUAGCUUCAACUUAAGGGCCUUUUGCAGUUGGAGGGCACUGAAGGGCUGGGUGAGAGGGCCACAUGUUUGGUAUUACAUUACUGUUAUGCACCACUUGAAGGAGCUCUAUCACCAGCCUCAAACCUGGAAGACCGAGGCAUUUUCCAGUCUACUUGCCUAAUGAAUGUAUAGGAGCUGUCUGUGAUUAUGGAUGUCACUCAACUGAGAUCAAAUCACCAUUUAAGGGGAUGGCAUUCUUUAUCCAUAAACACCUAGGAAAGAGCUGGAGUCAGGUCUUUCAGUCAGGUUAGAAUUCUAAAUGAUGCCAGAGAAGGCUUGGGAAAUUGUACUUCAGUGUGAUCGCCUGUGUCUUCUUAAUUUGCUGCAAAAUGUGUGGUAGAAGAAGAAAAGGAAACAGAAAAAUCACUCUGGGUUAUAUAGCAAGAGAGGAAGGAGAUUAUUUCAACCCAGGGUUUUUGUGUUGAUGUAGGUAAAGCCUGAUUCUUGGCAACUGUUGUAGUUUGUCUUUCAGGGGCAAAGGUCCCGCUGACAACCCCUGUUGUGGUAUCCACACGCUGUUUGUCCGGGUAGCCUCCAUCGGCAAUCUGGCCCAUUGUCAGUCAUUUUGUCGGGGUAGCCUCCAUCGGCAAUCUGGCCCAUUGUCAGUCAUGAUUCUUCUGGCAGGGGAGAUUAUAGAGAGAUUGUUUGAGGAUCGGGUUAUUAUUGAAAGUCUUUUUGUUUGUUUUGUUUUGGUUUGUUUGUUAUCUACACUUGUUUAUGCUGUGAGCCAAACCUCUAUUUAAAAAGUUGAUACUCACUUUCAAUAUUUUAUUUCGUAUUAUUAUAUAUGUCAUGAUAGUUAUCUUGAUGUAAAUAUGAAGAUUUUUUUGUUUCUGUAGAUAGUAAACUCUUUUUUUAAAAAAGGAAAAGGGAAACAUUUUUAUAAAGUUAUACUUUAAUCACCAUUUUUAUACAUUGUAGUUCUCUCCAAGCCCAGUAAGAGAAUGAUGAUUCAUUUGCAUGGAGGUCGAUGGACAGCCAAUCAUCUACCUAUUAUAAUUUAAAUGAUAAUCUGAUAUAGUUUUUUUUUUUUUUUUUUUUUGCCAAUUAAAUGAGGAUGCUGCAAAGAAUGUUUUUUUCACUAGUAACUUUUGCUAACUGAAUGAAUUCUGGGUCCAUAUCUCCCAGAUGAAAGACUGUUAGCCAAUACCAUAUUUUUAUAGUUGGUGUCCAUUUCUUUCCAACACUGUUUGGUUAUGAUUCUUCCUUCAGUACUAUAUAUAGACCUACUCAUUAUCUAAACAAUCUUAGCUUCUAUGUAAACCUUGAUUGUGAUUUCCAGUUUUUAUUUUCUCUGACGUAGUAGAAAGGAAUGUUUACAUUAAAAAUACUUUUAUUUCUCGUAAAUGGAUAUUGUACUCUCCCCUUUCGAAGCAUUAUUUUACAGUAAUUCACGGCAUUUUAAAAAAUAAGGCAAAGAUAAUACAACAAAAAAUAUUCAUGGUUUCAAGGCAAAUUCUCCAAUAAGUAGGAAAAUGUAAAAAGGAUCAAGUGGAUGCAGCCUCUACCUAAAUAAUUAAAAUAUAUUUCAGUAGAUUUCUGAAUUAACACCAGGUCUUCAUUUUUUAGAACUUACCUAAUUGUUUUCAUUUCCUUAGUUUUGCCUGUGUGUCUCUAUGUUUGCAAAAAUUAUGAGUCAAAUUUUGCCAGUGAAUUUAACUCUUUUCCUUUCAUUGCAAUUAAGAGAAGGGGGAGAAAAGCAUUUAUCUUCUCAUACCCCUUGUGUCUAAUUACUUAACAAAGCCAAUAUUUUCCCAUCUUCCAAAGCCUGUCCAUCUCUAACAUAAAUGUUAAUUGAACAUAAAGCUACGUUUGGAGUGAGUGGACUGGCAGGACAGUUGGAAGCCCAUCACAGUCUGUUGGCAGUUUCAUCAAAGCUGUAUAGUCCAAUUAGCAGGGCAUCUUGGCUACUAUAGUGGAAGUCUCAGCAAACUGCCUGGUUUUGUUUGUUUGUUUUGUUUUAAGGUACAGGAAAUAAGAGGAAUAAUAGUGGCCAAAGCAAUUAGAACAUCUUCAUUCCAGAACUGUGUUCAUCAAUCCAGGAAGAUUGAUACAUUUUUCUUUAAAAAUAAAUUACUAUUACAGCUAGAAGUCAAUUGGGAUAAAUAAAGGGAUGAAGAUCCACCAAGUAUGUGACUUUCGUACACACCCAGUACAUCUCAAAGGAUGCUAAGGGACAUUUUCUGCCAGUAGAGUUCUCCCCCUUUUAGGUGACAGCAAUAUUAUUAUGUUCACAUCCAAAUCCAGAGCUUACUUCCUGUGGUGCCAAUGUAUUUGUUGCAAUUUACUACAUUUUUAUAUGAGCCUAUUUAUAGGUGCCAUUAAAUAAACUCAGGUCUUUCAAAUGAAAGAGUUUCUAGCCCACCUAGGGAAAAAGAUAAUUGUUUAGAAAACCAUAAAAUCAAUGGUAGGAAAAGUUGGAACUGGUUACCUGGAUGCCAUGGUUCUCUGUUAAGUAAAAACCAGGUAUAUUCUGAGUGUCAUCAGUGUUAUUUUCAGCAUGCUAAUAAACGUCUUUCCAGUUAUAUAUCUAAAUUAACCUUUAAAAUAUUGGUUUCCUUGAUAAAAGCACCACUUUUGCUUUUGUUAGCUGUAAUAUUUUUUGUCAUUUGUAUAAGACCUGGUUUGGCUCUCAAUAAAAGAUGAAGACGGUAGCUCUGUACAGGUAUAUAUCUAUAUUAGUCUUCAUCUGAUGAACGAAGAAAUUUUCUCAUAUUAUGUUCAAGAAAGUAUUUACUUCCUAAAAACAGAAUACCAAAUUCUGUCUAUUUUGGUUGAAUACCAGAACAAAUCUUACCGUUGCAAUCCCAGUUAAACUAAAGAAAAGGAAUAUCUUACAGACUGUUCAUAUUAGAUGUAUGUAGACUGUUAAUUUGCAGUUUCCCCAUAUUCCCUGCCUAUCUUACCCAGAGAACUUUCUUUGAAGGUAAAAGCUGUGCAAAAGGCAUGAGACUCAGGCCUACUCUUUGUUUAAGUGAUGGAAAAAUAUAAAUUAUUUUCUAAGUAAUAAAAAUAUAAAAAUUAUCAUUAUAAAUAAAGUCUAAAGUUUGAAAUUAUUAAUUUAUAAAAGUGAACUAAUUGUGUGAUUAUCAAAUCUUGAUUAAUGAGAAGUGAAUGAUCUAAAAAUCAUUUAUAUUCUACUGUGGGAGGUAUUCUUGGUGCUUCCAUGUCAGUAAGGGGCUCUCCGUUGUCCUCGUCAUUUAUAGUA